UAUAUUUGAUCAUUUGACAAAGUUUAUACGCGGAAAAGCGAGCGGUAUAUAGGUCAAAAAAGAAUUGCUUUUGUUCUAGUAGUGUUCAUAUUGUCGAAUAUUUUUAAACAAGAAGACAGUUUGUAAUUACAUAAAUCAUUAUAUUUUGCUGAUAAUUAUAUUAUCUGUGUUGUAAGAAAUACAUUUUUUUAAAUAAUGAGACGGUUAAAAAAAAGCUAGGCACAGAUACACAUUUUCUAUGAAUAAUUAGAUAUAAAUUCGUUACUCAAUUUAAAAGUAAAUGUAGAUACUUUACAGAUACACAAUAUAUAUAUAAUAAUAUAAUUGUUAUUAACAUGUAUAUUUAUUCAUUUUACAUUUCUUGUAUAUAUUUUAAAUUUUAUUGUUUGUGUUAUUUUUUUUUUACAUAAAUGACACAUCGAAAUGAUUAUUAGAUAACCGAAUAUUUUUGAUAAUAAAAUUUAUCCUCUAAUAUUGAAAAAACGUUCUACUGGUGGAAUUAACUGACCCCAAUUGCCAAAUAGCCAAAUGCAGUGAGUAUGCUAUUAUGUCGUCAACAAUAGUAGCAGCAACUAAUUUCGAUAACUUCGGGACAAAUAAGACAACAUUAUGUCUAUCGGAUUGCACUCAGAUGAAUUCCAAUUCUAAUAACGGCAAAUAAAUAGCAAUAUGUAUCAAUUUGUUACUCGCAAAGAGGUUGCUGUUAUAUUACUGUCAUUUUGAUAACAAUAUAACUCAUCACCUUGUUAAAAAAAGAAGCGAUAUAGAGAAUGAUAGAACAGAUUUAAACUUUAUUGACGUUGUAUCUAAUUUUAUAAUAAAGUUAUCGUUUUAAUCGGAAUCGCAUUUGAGCUACGAUAGAGAAGUUACUUAUUUUAUCGUUCCUUUUAAAAAUAUCUUACUUAAACAAAAAUCUAAUUCUCGUUUGACGGACGUGAAGUUAGCACCGCUAUUAAAAAGAAAAAAAAAAAGAUUGAAAUGAAAAUUGUUCCAAGUUGUGUGUACUAGGUUUGUGCUACAUUUGUACCGCAAAAACUAAUCACAUACCUCAAAAAAUGAAGCGAUACAACACAGAAAACGUUUUUUUCACCAGCAUCGCCAUUUUAUCUUAUCGACAAAAUAAAAAUUAUGUUGGAUACAGCUUCAGCUACUUGUGUUUUAUUUUAAUGCGAAGUUUUCAAGCGUAUCUUCACCCAGGAAAAAAGUAAAAUGUAAAAUAUUUAAAUACGAAAAUUUGUAGCUUUAUAACUUUGCAACCAUUACAGAUAAAUCAAUUCUACAAUUUGUGACGAGUUGUGCUACCCAAGGCAAUUAAAAGCAAAGCAAGAAAACCGUCACUAUCUCCGAGGAAUAGCUAAGAAUUGUUUGAAGGAGGUGAGGGUGAAAAAAGAUUUGGCUUUUCUGAAUUUUCCCGAGUUGCGUUGUAUAUAUUACGGACCCUGCACAGAAGCCCUCUUAAUUUUCACAGCACCAUAUAGUAUUUUAACUUUAGACAGAGUAUAUGCGAGUAACACAUGCGAACAGAUCUGUUCAAAAGUGUUUUGUCCGAUCUUUUCUUUUAUAUAUAUAUAAGAUUAUUCACGAAAAAAUUUCACUCACACGUAAUGAUAGUCCCACAGACCCCAACAAAACUGUGCUGCAAAACCAAAAUCCGAUUCAAUGACCGAUAUUAUAUCUGGUUUGCGUAUUAACACUUGUAUAAAUUUUGUUUCUAGUAAAUAAUGAUUUUUCAUGAAAUAAGAAAAGAGCAAUUUUACACGUGUAGUAAGAGAAUUUUGACACACUUGUUCAUACAAAAUCCACAUAAAAUACAUCGCACAUUUUGCACAUCUGUUUAUACAAAGUACGCGAUAAACAUACAAACCUUGUACGUUAUAUAAUUAUGUUAUAUAUUUUCCUUACAUAAUUUAUACAAACAAAUUAAGUAUGCAUUGGUAUACAUAUAUAUAUCGCGUUCGAAAUGUCAAUUGUUAGUAUCUGUCAAUUCUUACAUAUUAGACGGAAUGAAGACUCUAGUAUUCGUCGCGUGUAUAUUAGCUGCCGUCUCGGCAGAUAAUAUACUCCGUCAUAUAAAAACGUCAGAGAUGUUUGAUAUAAUAAAACUACUUGAUUUCCAAAAAACGCUUGAAGAAUGCGCUUUGAAAUUGGAUUCAUUGGAUAUCGUCACUCCCGAGACACUCUACUGUGUAGCGCAAAAGAAAAACUUGAUCAAUAAAGACAAUGGAUUAAAAUUACAUAAGGGUGUGAAUUAUAGUAAUACCAUCGUUCGCAAUGGCAAUCUGAGAGAUAAAAUGACAGGGAUGAAGGAUCAAUGUAAAGAAAAAAUUGCAGGCGAUAAGUUUAAAGGAAGUCAGUAUGAAAAAACUAUGAAAUUUAUGGAAUGUUUCUUGCCAAUUGUAAACUACAUUCUAAGAAAACUGGGACCAUUUAAAAAUAAUAUAUAAAAUAACUUUAAUUAUGUCAUUGUCAUUCCUAAUAAAAAGUAUAAUUAUGUAACAAA